CGUCGGAUUCGACGCAUUACCCAAUAAUCAUGUCGAUCAUCCUCUUUUCUUAUAUUUUACCCUGCACCCAACUUCCCGCAAAUCUCCAUCCCGCAUCUUUAUCCUUUCUUUUCUGCAACCCUCAAAUUGGAUGAACUUGACUAGCGUAUUUGCUGAAUAAAACGGCUAUAAACAGAGUGCUAGAGAUAGAAAUCGAUCGUGGGCUGUGAUUUUUAUUUACCCAGAUGAAGGUUUGAUCUCUCUUUCAUCUAGUUCAUGGAUAUCAAAAUCCUAUAGGGUUUUUUUGUUAUGGAUAUUCUUUUUCAAUCAAUUAGGGUGUUAUUUGGGGUGAUGAUAUGAUUUUGAAUUCUGUACUGGGAACUGGGAUUUUCUAGGGUUCCGGUUUAAUUGAAUUCUUAUCAGUGUCGAUCUAUCGAAUCUUGUAAUCUCUAGUUAGAAUCCAUGUUGUUACAUACUGGAUAUAAUUGAAAGGUAGGGCUUUCUAUAUAUAGAAGGGGUUCUUGUAAGUAGCUUAGUCAAUAUGCAAUCUCGAAGGAAAGAAAAUUAUGUACGAGGUUUUUCAUCUGUAAAGUUGGGCAAGCAACCCAUAGUCAAGAUGGAUCAUGAUCGUUAUCCAAUUUCUCGUCGUAUUGAUGGACGGGUUAAAUCUCCCAGUUUGAGAAGGAGCUUCAGCCCCUAUAAAUUAGAUGAAUCUGGCAGGGGUUUACUCGUUGAUCGAAGAAAUGCUUCACCAGAUGGGAGAGAAUACAAUUUGCACUUUGGGAGAGGCAGGAGUAUUAGAAACAUGGCUAGGUCUCCCCCAUAUGAACAAAUGCGAAAGAGGUCUUACUUUGAUGAGGGUCCAGUGCAUAGGAAAUAUGAACAUAUGGAGCCACUGGAUUUUAAUGAUGCCUCAAAUUCUACAUCAAGACAUGAUUAUGGACAUGAUCAUGGCCUGUCCAGAAUUGAUAAAGAGAAGGAUUAUAGUGAAACUGAAGUUGCAAGUAUUAAAGAACAUGAGAUGUUUGGUGGAAAUUCAAUUCGCAUGGAAAGUGGCAUGAUAAGAGGGUUACGUCGCAUGACUCCAGAUUUGGUUCCUACACCAAAAAAUUAUAGGGAAACAGCUGGACCUGUGCCAUCACUGCCAAAAAGUAUGGACCUAGGUCACAUUGAGCAUGGAGAACUUAGCUAUAAGGAGACUAUGCAGUUAGAUAAGGUAGCAAUGAGGGAAUCUUAUAGAGAAGAAGAUAAACACAUUUGCAGGUCGAGGGAUGUUCCAUACAGCGCUAUCCAAGCAUCUCACUCCAAGGAUUUUGUGAGCAUUUAUCAGUAUAGGGAUACUGUGGGCUCCUCAUCAGGACCUUCAAGAAGUGAAGUUCUGGUUUCUUAUGGGGAUGGCACAUCCAUACCUGCUUCCGAGGAAUAUCCAAGGAACAGUGGCAAACUUGCUGAACCCACAAGUUUUAAUACUUAUGUCCAAGGGCCACGUCGAGAUCCUGUGAGAAACUUUGAGGGUGCUAGGAGGAGUAUGACAUUUUACCAACAUGGUGCAUGUAGUCCGUCUAGGGUUGAGCAUGAGGAAUACUUUUAUGGUGAACAACAGGAUGUAGUGAAAGAUAAACUUUUGUAUCCAUCUGGUAGAUCACGAAGAAUGCUUUCGUCACAUAAUCAAGUGGACUAUAGUCAUGCACCAGUGAAUUAUGAUUAUAGAAAUUUAUCAAGAUCAAGUGUUAUAGAUCCUGUCGUAGACAGAUUUCAUAACAAUAAGGAUUCUUGUGGAAAUGUGAGAGUGAAUAAUGGUUCAGAUCAUCCUACUUUACAAAAGGAGAUGGUUCCAGACUACCUUGACUUAAACAGAUCAUAUCCAUUGAAGCAUGCUGGGGAUUAUUUGGGUUCCGGACGCUCUCGUGUUGCGCUUGAAAGGAAAGUAUCACAAGAUAGUGAUAUAUCACAUUUGGAUCCACUACAAGAGCGUCAUGUAUCACAUCUGAGAUCAGAUUUAGGUUUUGAUAGAGUGGCAGCUCAAGAAUUUCACAAGGAGAGAUUGCAGAGUUCCCCUGCUUCUAAAAAUGAUCCAGACCUGCGAGGAUUUGGAUCAAAGAUGCACAGAAUGGAGAGAGAACGUGAAAUAUAUGAGCCAUCUGAUAGAUUACACAAAAGAAAGUUCAACAUGGAGAAAAGCGUAGGCAGACAUAAGUCAGAAACAAUUAUGUCAAAUAAAUGGAAUGUACCCGAAGAGUAUGAAGAUCAAUAUGAUAGUGAGGAGGAGUGGAUUGAUGCAGAUAUGAUGAGCUUAUAUCAACCAAAGAAUAGGAGAGUUGAUCAUAAUGAAUACAGAAAAUCAGGGAGGACUUAUAGUUGGCAAGAUCCUUCUGGACACUGUGCAUCGGAUGACUGGUUGUCUCACCAAGAAUCUUUGUCAUUUACACAAGGCCCAUCAGUAAGGUUUUAUAAACGAAGUGGUAGAUAUAUAAAGGGUCAUCAGAGGCCUGGUUCUUUAAAGUGGCAUAAGUCACACCAUACUGAUAAAAGAAGUGGUCUUCACAAAUAUAACAAAGUUUGGAAAAGAAAUGAUGAUCAUAAUGAGGAUGUGCAUGAUAAUGAUGCCAUCACAUCAGAUCCUGCUGAAUCCUAUGCAUAUGAGGACUCUGAAGAAUUUAAGCAACUGAUACAUGAGGCCUUUUUAAAGUACACAAAAAAGUUGAAUGUGAAUGCAGCUGUUCGAAGAAGAUACAAGGAGCAAGGGAAAGCUGGAAGUCUGUUUUGCAUCGUGUGUGGCCGAAGCGCCUCAAAGGAGUUCAUGGACACACAACGCUUGGUGAUCCAUGCUUUUAUGUCCCAGAGAGGUGGGUUGAGGGCUCUGCACCUGGGUCUACACAAAGCUAUAUGUGUUUUAUUGGGGUGGAAUUGUGUUGUACCUCAUGACACAAUAACUUGGGUACCGCAAGUCUUGUCUGAUGCAGAAGCCUUAGCUGAGAAGGAGGAUUUGAUUCUUUGGCCUCCUGUCAUUGUUAUUCACAACAUUUCAAUGUUAAAAAACAUUCCAAAUGAGCAGAAUGUGAUCCCCAUUGAGGGUAUUGAGGCAUUUCUCAAAGGUAAAGGUUUUCUUGGGGGUAACGUCAUUUUAGGGAGACCUUCUGACCAAAGUAUUAUGGUGGUGAAGUUCAUGAGAACUUUUACUGGACUCGCAAAUGCAGAGAGGCUUCACAAAUAUUUCAUGGAGAGAAAGCAUGGGAGACUGGAUUUCAAUCAAAUAACUUCCAACAAAUCCAAAGUCAACUUUAAUGUAGACACAAAAAAACCAGGAGAGAAGUUGGAGUGUCUUUUAUAUGGCUAUAUGGGGAUUGCAGAGGACUUGGAUAGAGUUGAUUUUAAUACCAAGAAAUGCAGUUUUAUAAAAAGCAAGAAGGAGAUUCAGGAGCUCGCAAACGCUCCAGUUAAAACAGAUGACAGAUAGGAGUUUGAAGACAUGCCAACCUGUGGUUAUAGAUCCAAAUUCAAACAGAUCGGCUCCUGUUAAAAAACUUUAACUCAACUCUCUUAAUGUUCUGUAGCUUGGUUCUAAAUCAUGUAAGCUGAUGCAAGUGACACUUGUUUUUUUUUUCCCCCGCUUCUGUAUGUAAUCUGAGCAUUGUUGGCUUCUUGUUGUGCCUUCUGAUAUGGGAUCCUAUGAAAGAGAAUCUUGAAUCUAAUAUCAUAAUCUCUGAUACGAUUUGGCCUGCUUGAUUUUUGGCACGGUAA